AUGGUUAUUAGUUUAUGUCAUAGCGAUAUCAUGGAUAUGAGGCCAACUUCACGCUUUACGGAUAAAAUUGUGGAAGAAUAUUGGGAUAAAUUCGUGCUAGGUACAUAUCCCAAGCAUAAUAUACCCGAGGAAUGGGUGAAAUACAUACAAGAAUUUUUCAAGCCGAGAGUUAGCCUAGAAGAAUGGACAAAGGCUUGGCGUGGACUUCAUGAAAAGAUUGACGAAAACAAAAAGACCUAUCUUGAAAUUCCGGUAGAAAGUAGCAAAGCUCGUCACAAUACAGAAGCAAAGUGCGCAGAUGGGCUUGCUCGUCUCUGGCUAAGUCGUGAAGAAGUAUUCUUGUAUGAACAGACAGGAUCUGAUUUUGAUGAUAUUACUCGGUUUCAUAUUCACGAUUAUAAAUUGACCUUGCAAGCUUCAGUGCUUUUGGAAAUGAUCCCUUCAACUUGGCAAGAGUUCCCUGUUCUUUCCGAGGCAAUUAUAACAUGUCUCAAAUUUUUUUCCUUCAUGAAAGAAAAUAUUGAAGUGAGAAAUUCAUACGUUGAACAAAACCAAAAGUUGGUGGCCAAGCGAAGAGUAUUAUGA